AUGGGAAUAGAGUUUUUUCUUCUUGUAAAUAAGCAGGGGCAGACACGUCUGGCGCAGUACUCGUCCUUCUUGUCUAUUGCUGAGCGUACCGCUCUUGAGGGUGAAGUUGUGCGCAAAUGUCUGCAACGGCGAGACGCGGAUUGCAGCUUUGUUGAGCAUCUGCACUAUAAGCUUAUCUACCGCCGCUAUGCCUCUAUAUUCUUCAUUGUUGGCGUUAACAACACCAGUGUCUCUUCUGCGGGGGUCAAUGUCAGUGGUGGGGCGGCAGCAGGAACCUCCUUGGGCGGUGGCGUUGUCUCCGCGGCGGCACCACCACCGGGCGAGCCCUGUAGCAACCCGGGGGACUCGCAGGAGGAAGGGGAGCUAGCAAUGUACGAAUUCAUUCAUCUUGUGGUGGAGACGCUUGACAAGUACUUUGAAAACGUGUGUGAGCUGGACGUGAUGUUCAAUGUGGAGAAAGCCCACUUUAUUCUUGAGGAGAUGCUUGUGAAUGGGGGAGUUGGGGAGACUAACAAGCUUCUUAUCCUGCAACCACUGGUGCUGAUGGACAGAGAGCCCCGCAAGGUGUAG